UGUCUCAGGAGUUUUCGUAUUAUUUUAGCAAGAAAGCAUUUUUUGCCUUUGUUUAUGUUGUUCCCGUACUUUAUUUUUAAACAUAAUUUUUUUUAUUACAAUAAGGUAUGGAUUAUGGAUCAGGGGCAGGUAAUUUGUCUGGUUUGAAGCUUGGAUUUGAAGGCUUUGAUGAUGAUGUGUCUAAAGAAAGUACAGAUUUAACUGUUGAUGCCUCUUUUGCCACACAAGAUGGCAGUUUUCUUCCAAACCAACAGCUUGGAGAUUUACAACAAGUGUCCAACAUACCAGCAUCAGAAAACGAAACACAGUCAGAGAAAACAAAAAAAGGAGGAUGGCCAAAAGGGAAAAAAAGAAAGAAACUAAAAGACCGUAAUGCCCCUAAACCAGCAUUAUCUGGAUAUAUACGGUUCCUGAAUGAGAAAAGAGAAGUGAUGAGAAAAGAAAAUCCAAACCUGUCUUUCUCAGAAUUAACAAGACUGCUAGGAAGUGAAUGGAGCAAACUUCAACAGCAUGAAAAACAAAGAUAUCUUGAUGAAGCAGAAAAGGACAAAGAAAGAUACUGGAAAGAAAUGGAGGCUUAUCAGAAAACAGAAGCAUUUAAACAAUUCAAAAUACUUAGAGAGAAAAGGAUGAAAGAGGACGUGAGUGAUGAUAGUUACAACAAUACAGUUGAGAUUAAAGAUGAAACAGAGCCAGGAACAUUUGAUAUCCCAAUAUUUACAGAGGAUUUUCUUGAUUAUAAUAAAUCAAGAGAAGGAGAACUACGACAGUUUAGAAAACAAGCGACAGAACUGGAGGAACAAAAUGCCAUCCUCAGCAAACAUAUAGAAAAUAUGAAACAAGCCAUUGAUAAGUUAGAAAUAGAUGCUGUACAACAGAGAAGUUCUAAUUGUGCAUUACAACAACAUCUUGAUUCAUUACGGUCGACAUUAUCUACACAUUUUGCUGCCAUUCCAAUACCAGGUUCAAAUGAGCUUCCAUCAGUAGAAACUGUAGAUUCCUACAUGGCCAAGCUGCAUAACAUAAUAGUAGAAAGUCCACAAGAACAUCAAAGUCUUAUAAUAACUAUAAGGGAUAUUGUUAAUCGCCUUAAUUUAGAUGGAGAAAAGCUGUGAUAACAACACCAUACACAUAUACAGGAACAUCCAAAGGUUCUGAAGAGAUCUUAAAAUAAAACUUAACAGCAGCUGACAGUUGUCCAGCAAACUAUCAAAUGAAAACCUAAAACUAUUUACCAUAUAUAAUGUUGUAAAUUCUUUGAACAUCAAUGUAUUUGAAAGACAGAUGUAUGUUUAUCUGAAUCUUUUAUGUUGUACCUACUUUUGUUUGUUGAACUGUACAAUUAGAAAAAAAAAGCUGUCUGGCCAAAUAAGUAGUCAUCAUCUAUCUGUUCAUUUAAUCCUGGUUUGCCACGCUCCGGAAGGGUAAGCAGAUCCUGCUCCACAUGUGGCACCCACUGUAUGAAAAUUCUCCAUAGAAAUUUUGGUGAAUAAUUCUCUGGUAGAAUAUAGAAGUGUGUUUGACCCUUUUUGUAUUUCAUUCGUUUAUGUUACAGCAAAAUGCCAUGAGUGUGUAGUUAAAGGUAGUAUCUUUGGCUAGCUUGCUUGUUAGCUGAACCGUAAAAUCACCAUAAGGUUAACUAUACUACCUCCUUUUGGAGUAGUCUAGUCUUACAGACAGAUAGAUUGGUUAUAUGUCGGACUAGUCUACUCUUAAAGGAGGAUAGUAUACCUUACCUUAUAAUGACUUCACAGUUCAGCUAGCAAGCAAGCUAACCAAGGAUAUUACCUUUACCUACACACGCAAGGCAUUUUGCUGUAAUCCUCCAGAAGAUCUCUGGUUUACAAAUUUCUUAGUGAUGUGUUUGAUUUAUGACAUUUUUUAUCUUAAAAUGUCAGUGUGAGCUUUUUGCAGCAUAGGCAAUUUUGUCAGUAUAUAAUCGGUUUACUUUUAAGAUUACCUGACUAGUAUAAGCUUUUUUAUGACUUGGUGAACAUACAAAUAAAAUACUUUAAAUACUUUCA